AUGGACGACCUCGAACUUCCACCUGUUCCUCAGUCUGCUCGCACAGCAGCUCAAACACCUCCCGGCCCCUCGUUCCUGCUCUCCCGAAAGAGAACACAUGCAGACUACGAUGACGACCCGGGAACGUCGAGCGACCCAGCUGUAUUCUCCUGCGACGAGCAAGCGCCGGGCGCCGAGAACUACGUCGCAGACAGACGGAAGAAACGCACAUACAAGGGUUCGUGGUGGAGUCGCCAUCCCGUCCAGAAUGGAAGCAGGAAAGGCCCCAAAAGGGGUGAAUUUAAGAGGAACUACGACUCGGGCAUCUUUAUGGCCAGCGAAGGGACCGAAGAACCCCUGUCCAGCGACUCCUUCUCCAUGGAGGAGGAGUUGAUGAUGGAUCAGCAGACAGCGAGUGAGAAAGAUGAAGCAUCAAUGCGUCGAACUGGGGCUAUCGUUACAUCCGCCGGUUCUCGCAGCACGCCGAGGGUCAAGUUGCCACCCCAGACCACGAUCAUUGUACCAAAAGAGCAUCAGGAGGUAUGUGCAAUCGUCAGGGAGUGUCUCGACAAGGGGAAGGAAGACGUGGAUUUAUCUUCUAUGUCUCUGUCUACCCUGCCCUCCGAGAUCACGUCGCUUCAAACCCUUAGCAAGCAAGACGAGAUCGUGCCCGGCAUGCUGGACACCGGCACAAACCUCGAGCCACAUUUGCGUCUGUACUUGGGCAACAACCUGUUCAUCAAAUUUCCCACACCAAUCCUCGAUCUGCGAAACCUCCGAUAUCUGUCUCUUCGUCAGAACAAUCUGACAUAUAUACCCCCGACAAUAAGGGAGCUGGUCAAUCUAGAAUACCUCAACGUGGCCGGAAAUAGCUUGACAGAGCUCCCAUUCGAGAUCAUCGAGCUGGUAAAGUUUCAUCAGCUGCAGCAGCUCACAACCCAUCCGAAUCCAUGGAAACAGGUUGGGACUUCUGCAGAGCUUAUCCCAGGAUGGGAUCUUCUUCACGAAGUUCCACUCACAGGGGAUCACUUCUUCCGGCAUGCUUCUUCACAGCACCAUCCUGAGUCAGAUAGUAUGGUAGAACGGCAUUUCAAAAGUGCGCCCUCAUUGACCGAGAUGGUUUUGCGCCAACUCUCCAAAAUUGAUCCGCUGCAGAAAAUCAACAUCCGCGGCCUCAUGCCGCCGGAUUCGCCGACCAGUGUUCUCCGUAACCUGGAUACGCUCACGCAUCGGCCCGGCCAGCGAUGCACAACCUGCAAACGGCCGCUUGUGCUGGCAGGCAAAGAGUGGAUCGAAUGGUGGUAUGUGCUAGUAGAUGCCUAUGAGCUGUGGACGGAGGGGCCACCGGUGCCGUUCAGACGUGUUCAGUGCUGGAAAGGAUGUCGAGGGACAGCGGCCAAUUGGAUGACGGGCGAUGAGCGCCGGUAA